AUGUCCGACGCCGCGCGGGCCCGCCUCGAGGUGCUGCGGAGCCUGCUGCGGACGCCCGUGCGCGUCGGCGACGACGAGUACGAGGGCCUGCUGUCGCGCGUCUACGAGAACGCCAUGGCUCUCGUCGAGGCCGACGCGCCGGCGCCGGAGGUGGGCACGCCGAGGCGCGACCACCGGUGCGAGGCGUCGCGCGCGGGGUGGGAGGCCAUCGGCUUCCAGGCGGCGGCGCCGGACCGCGAGUUCCGGGGCGCGGGCAUGCUCGGGCUGCACUGCCUGAUCUACGCGCUGGAGCACCGGCCCGAGGCCUGCGAGGCGUCGCUCCGGGGGCCGUUCCCGUUCGCGGCGGCGUCGAUCAACAUGACCCUGGUGGCCGCGCGGCUCGCGGGCGUCGUCGAGGAGGGCACGGACGACGACGUGGCGGUGGAUCCCUUCGCGCUCGGCGACGACGGCGUGUCCGAGUCCGCGCGGCGCGCGGCGCUGCGGCACUCGUCGCUACGGGUGUCGCACUUGUUGGGGUCGUCGCACGAGGGCUUCUUCGAGCUCCACGUCGCGGCGCUGGAGGCCCUGGAGCGCGCGCGGCGCGACGUCGACGCGGGCCCCAUGGACUUCGCGGGCUGCGCGGCGGCCGCGCGCGACGAGGUCGGCGUCCUCGCGGCGCACGAACCCAGGGACGUCGCGUCGUUGAAGCGGCUCGUCGCGUCCGUGCCGCGGCGCAAGAGCGGGUUCCUGGACGCGCGGCGCAUCAGCGCGCCGCGGUCCGGGGGCUGGCGCUUCGGCAAGCAGACGGGCCGCAAGUGGUUCGCGCUCUCGACGGGCACGCUGACGUGGUACGACGAGGCCGACGUGCACAGCCACGGCAAGCGGGGCACGGCGGCGACGCUGCUGAGCCCGGGCAAGCCCGCGGGCGUGCUGCGGCUCAAGGCGGGCAUGACCGUCAAGUUCCGCCACGAGGCGCGGUCGUUCUCCGUCAUCGGCGGCGCGGGCCAGGACGCGCUGCUCUGGCUCGACGCCAAGGAGGACCGGGAGAUGGAGCAGUGGUGCAUCGCGCUGACGGAGCACAUCGCCCUGGCGGCGCUGGACUCGGCGGCGCUGGCACUCAAGGCGCGCGACGUCGCCGCGACGAUCUCUUCCGAAGCGCUCGACGCGUACUUCAAGGUCGCGGACUCCGUGGGCAUCUACGUGCGCAGCGCGCCGGACGUCGCCGCGACGCGCACGGGCCGCGCGCUCAUGCCCGGCGGCCGCGUCCGCGUCCUCGAGCGGCGCCGCGUCGCGGACCCGAAGGCGGAGCCGCUCGGCCGCGCGUUCCUCCGCCUCGCGCCGGAGGCCGGCGGCGACGGCGACGCGGCCGUGGGCUGGGUCAUGGAGCACCACCCGACGUCCUUCGAGGCCAUCCUCGUCCGCGACGACGCCUACGUCCCGCCGGGGGACGCGUCGGACCGCGCCCCCCGGCAGCGUCGCGCAGCGCGUCGCCCUCCCGGGUUCCGCGCCAUGGGCGAGGAGGACGGCGGCGACGAGGACAUCGAGAAGCACGUGAAGCGGCGCUUCGAGAUCUGCCAGCGCCUGGGCAAAGGCGCCUACGGCAUCGUCUGGAAGGCCGUGGAGAAGCGGAGCCACAACGUCAUCGCUCUGAAGAAGUGCUUCGACGCGUUCCGCAAUUCGACCGACGCGCAGCGGACGUUCCGCGAGAUCAUCGACUGCCAGGUGAAGCUCUGCGACUUCGGGCUCUGCCGGUCGGUGGCGGAGGUCGAGGGCCCGAGCCCCGUGCUCACGGACUACGUGGCGACGCGCUGGUACCGCGCGCCGGAGAUCCUGCUGGGCAGCCCCGUCUACACGAAGGGCGUCGACAUGUGGGCCGUGGGCUGCAUCCUGGGGGAGAUGCUCAACGGGAAGCCCAUCUUCCCGGGCACGUCGACGGUGAACCAGCUCGAGAAGGUGCUGGAGCUCACGGGCAAGCCGUCGAAGGAGGACGUCGACGCCGUCGGGUCGCCCUACGCGGCCCAGAUGCUCGACAGCAUCGGCAACGUCACGCGCGUGCCGCUCGACCUGGGGACGACGACGGGCGACCCCAAGGGCCCGUCCGUGCUCCACUCGACGCUCAAGUUCAACCCGGCGAACCGCGUCUCCGCCGUCGACGCCCUCAACGACGCCUGGGUCGCCGAGUUCCACAAGAGCGAGGAGGAGCCCGACUACCCGGGCGGGCCCAUCAAGAUCGUCAUCGACGACAACACGAAGCUCACGGCCCAGGACUACCGCAACAACCUCUACAUGCAGAUCUCCCAGAUCAAGAAGGACGCGCGCCGGCGCGACCAGGCGCGCGGCGCCAACGCCGAGAACGCGAAGCCCGCCGAGAACGCGAACGCGGACCCGAACGCCGCGCCGCCGCAGGCCGCGGCCGCGGCGACCGCGCCGCCCGCGGCGGCCGCCGCCAAGGCCGCGGCGCCCGCGGCGCAAUAG